ACUUGCAAACGGGAAAAACAUUGACUUGAGUAGCCGAUUCAAUGUACAAAUUUGUUUAAUUAUGGCCACUGGUCUGAUAACUCAAAAUAUUCUUCACUUGAAGAGUGAUAUUGGUACUUGUGAAAUCGAGCUUUGUGUUGGAGACAUCACAAAACUUCAACGAGAGGACAAAGUCGAUGUACUUGUUGUUUCUGCCUUUCCAGGUGAUUAUUCUCCUACACCCUCUUCACUGAUUGGUCAACUACAAAUACAGCUUGGGRUAAGCGUUAGAAAUCUUUCGAAGGACAAAGAGGAGGACCUGAGAAAGCGGUAUUUCUGCUGGUGGUCUAAACYUCUCCCAGCCCACUUAAGUUUUGGAAGAGUUAUGUGUUUUGAAGGAGGUUUUGGGGCAAAUGCUAAUAGCCCCCCAAAAGUCAYUGGUGCUAUUUUUAGAUGUCUUGUACCUGUUCUCAAGAAUAAAGAGGGAUCUGUUAUUAUGCCAUUGAUUACUACUGGMGAUCAGGGUUAUCCCAAGAAACUGGUCUUAAGACAAAUACUGAAAGCUGCAGUAAACUGGAUUAAAACUGGUUUACCUUUACGGACAUUGAAGAUUGUAUUGUUCUCAARAAAUCCCCAAAAAGAAGAUAAAUCUUUUGUACCUUUGUUUCAACUGUUCGAGGAGUACAAAGCAGAAGUUGAAAAUAAGGAUCUGGUUGAAGAAAGUGARAAGGAAGAGGGUGCAAUCCAUCUUUAUGACAUUUACAUUUCCCACUGCGAUAAAGACCACAAUACAGCACUUCAAGUGAAGGAAUAUCUCCAAGAAAAAGACGAGCUGAAAGUUUUUGACGAAAUUCAAAACCUUGAUGCCGACAAAUCCUGGCAAGAUGAUAUAUAUGACAUAAUGGUGAAAUGCACCCGUGUCGUAACACUCCUCAGUCCAAACUAUUUGUCCUCAGAAAGUUGCAUAGAGCAAUACAACAUGGCGUUGUGUAUCAGUCGCAGAAAGCAUAAAGAAGUGCUGGCACCUUUCUAUGUUCAAAGUGUGGAGUAUUUGCCAACAUAUAUGGGUUUGAUGCAGUUUUGGCAUUAA